GCUACGCUGCGCCGUGCUCUUCUCUCUCGUCGCACACUCGGUGUUGCGGCGGGUGGAACGCUCCUUGCGGCGGGUGGAGGCUAUUACUACCUCAAUUCAGGUCCCUCCUAUCCUCCGUCGACGAAGGAGACACGGAGGCCACCGCCGCCAUGGACCCCCCCUUCUCGGCAGCAGAUGCUCAACGGUUUGAAGGCUUCUGCAACGCAGGAGGGCGACGAGUAUCCGUACGAGUAUGACCUGCUGAUCGUCGGCGGGGGCGCGACAGGGGCAGGUGUAGCGGUCGAUGCAGCAAGUCGUGGUUUGAAAGUAGCCCUCGUCGAAAGAGACGACUUUAGUGCAGGAACAUCCUCAAAGUCCACCAAACUGGUCCACGGUGGCGUCCGCUAUUUGCAGAAGGCCGUAAUGGAGCUCGACUACGAACAAUACAAGCUCGUACGCGAGGCCCUCCACGAGCGCCGCAUUUUCCUGCAGACCGCCCCGUACCUCUCUGCGAUGCUGCCGAUCAUGUUGCCAAUAUACAAAUAUUGGCAGGUCCCAUACUAUUGGGUCGGUUGCAAGAUGUACGACGUGCUCGCGGGGAAAGAAAACAUGGAGUCUUCGUACUUGAUGAGCAAGGGGAAGGCUCUGGAGACUUUCCCGAUGCUCAACCAGAACGGGCUGGUUGGAGCAUUAGUCUACUAUGAUGGUCAACAUAAUGACUCCAGGAUGAACAUCGCGUUGGUUAUGACGGCUGUCCAACAAGGUGCGACAGUUGCUAACCACGCAGAAGUGCAGUCGCUUUACAAGGACAAUGACGGCAAGCUCAACGGCGCACGCGUGCAAGACCGUCUCACCGGCAAGUCAUUCGACGUCCGCGCCAAGGGCGUCAUCAACGCGACGGGCCCGUUCACCGAUGCCCUAUUGUCCAUGGACAACCCCUCGCACGUGCCCAUCGUGCAGCCGUCCUCCGGCAUCCACAUCACGCUCCCGAACUACUACUCCCCGCGCACGAUGGGCCUGCUGGACCCGGCGACGUCGGACGGGCGCGUGAUCUUCUUCCUGCCGUGGCAGGGGAACACGAUCGCGGGCACGACCGACACGCCCGCGGCGGUGGAGACGGAGCCGCGCGCGCCCGAGGAGGAGAUCCGGUGGGUGCUGGAGGAGGUGCGGCGGUACCUGAGCCCGGACAUCAAGGUGCGGCGCGGGGACGUGCUGAGCGCGUGGUCCGGGCUGCGCCCGCUGGUGCGCAAUCCGAACGCGGCGAGCACGGAGGGGCUCGUGCGCAACCACAUGAUCCACGUGAGCGAUAGCGGCCUGGUCACGAUCGCGGGCGGGAAGUGGACGACGUACCGCGCGAUGGCGGAGGAGACGGUCGACAGGGCCGUCGAGGUGUUUGGCCUCAGGCCGAAGAACGGGUGCGUCACGGAGAGGCUCAGGCUGGUGGGCAGCGACGGCUGGAGCAGGAACAUGUUUAUUGGGCUGACUCAGCGGUAUGGCCUUGAGACAGAGGUUGCGAAACACCUGUCGGACAACUACGGGGACCGCGCCUGGACGGUGUGUUCAUUCGCGCACCCGACUGGCAGCGCGUGGCCGUUGCACGGCAUUCGACUCGCCCCUGGCUAUCCAUUCAUCGAGGCCGAGGUCCGCUACGCCGUGCACCACGAGUACGCCGAGACCGCCGUCGACGUCAUCGCGCGCCGCUGCCGCCUCUCCUUCCUGAACGCGCAGGCCACGCUCGAUGCGCUCCCGCGCGUCGUCGACAUCAUGGCGGAGGAGCACGGCUGGGGCAAGGCGCGCAAGGCGGAGGAGCUCGCGAGCGCGACGCUCUUCCUCGCGAGCAUGGGCCUGCCCCCGGGCGCGCAGCCCGCGACCGCCCCCGCGGAGCCGCACGGCCUGCUCGCGCGCGUCGGGAGCGCGAUCGGCCUGGGCCCCGCCCGGAGGCGGCGCGCCGCGCCGGAGAUGGUGUACAGCCGCGCACAGUUCGAGGCCGGCGAGGUGGAGGCGCUGCGCGAGGCAUUCAAGAGCCGCGCGAGCGGCGCGUCGGAGGCGGACGCGCGCUUGCGGCAUGAGGAGGUGCUGGAGCUGGUCAAGGGGCUGCCUGGCUACGCGGGGAUCAACGGCAAGGACUACGACUACGUCCUUGAGGAGGCUGGGUUCUCGAAGUCGCCUGCUGUGGACAUCGAUCAGUUCCUUGAGAUUUGUGCGGAACUGAGGGAAGUCAUAUUUGCUCCUAUUCCAAGCAGCUCGCCGAAGAUCGAGAGGCUGAGAAUCCCAGUCGAAAAGAGCGGUGGUGGAGUCUGAUGCAAUCACUGCUGUGAAUGCUUUGUCGAGAUGGUGGCCAGCGCGUCCCAUAACUUCACCAGUCAACUGACUGUGUCCUUCACUACCAACUGACACCGACCUCAAGGUGCAGUUUACUAUGAGUGCCUCUUUCAAAUACUAUUUUGUUGCGGCCACUUCCGAAGGCUAUCUCUUGUUGAAUAUCGAUACUUUAAGUUGUGUUACAUUGCGAGUGGUGGAUGUUGAACAUGUCCAUCAGUAUUGGUGGCAUGGCAUUCCGUCUACAAAAGCACAAUAUCUACACAAUUCUACAUGUCUUCUAACG